GAUCUGGAGUUCCAUGGAGUGAUGAGAUUUUAUUUUCAAGAUAAAGCUGCUGGAAACUUUGCCACAAAAUGCAUCCGCGUCUCUAGCACUGCUACCACCCAAGAUGUGAUUGAAACUCUGGCAGAGAAAUUCCGCCCCGACAUGCGCAUGCUGUCGUCUCCCAAGUAUUCACUGUAUGAAGUGCACGUCAGCGGAGAAGAAAGAAGAUUGGACACUGAUGAGAAGCCUCUAGUUGUGCAGUUGAAUUGGAACAAAGAUGACCGGGAAGGCAGAUUUGUGCUCAAGAAUGAGAACGACGCAGCCCCUGCUAAGAAGGUUCAAAGUAAUGGACCAGAAAAGCAGGAGAAAGAAGGUGUUAUACAGAACUUCAAGAGAACGCUCUCAAAGAAAGAAAAGAAAGAAAAAAAGAAGAGAGAAAAGGAGGCCUUGAGACAGACGUCUGAUAAGGAGGAUGGACCUUCUCGAGGGGAUGACAGUGAGAAUUCCCGACUGGCUGCUGAGGUAUACAAGGACAUGCCAGAAACCAGCUUUACUCGGACCAUUUCUAAUCCUGAAGUGGUUAUGAAACGACGGCGGCAGCAAAAGCUGGAGAAGAGGAUGCAGGAGUUCCGAAGCUCAGAUGGGAGGCCCGAUUCAGGUGGAACGUUGAGAAUUUAUGCAGAUAGUUUAAAACCAAACAUUCCCUAUAAGACAAUCCUACUGUCUACUACGGAUCCUGCAGACUUUGCUGUGGCGGAAGCUUUAGAGAAAUAUGGUCUGGAAAAAGAAAAUCCUAAGGAGUACUGCAUUGCUCAGGUUAUGCUUCCCCCUGGAGCCCAGCAUUCUGAUGAAAGAGGUGCUAAAGAAAUUAUCCUUGAUGAUGAAGAGUGUCCUUUACAGAUCUUCAGGGAAUGGCCAAGUGACAAAGGGAUUUUAGUCUUUCAGUUGAAGAGGAGGCCAUCAGACUACAUCCCAAAGAAAGCGAAGAAGCUUGUGGAAGGGAAGCCACUGAAGGGGAAGGAGAGAGCAGACAGCUCAGGCUACGGAUCUGCUCUCCCCCCUGAGAAGCUGCCCUACUUAGUGGAGUUAAGCCCAGCCCCAGGGAGAAGGAGUCACUUUGCCUACUACAGCUGUCACACUUACGAAGAUGGCUCUGACUCCAGAGACAAGCCAAAGCUUUACCGCCUUCAGCUGAGUGUGACUGAAGUUGGGACAGAAAGGUUGGACGACAACUCCAUCCAGCUCUUUGGCCCAGGAAUCCAGCCUCAUCACUGUGACCUCACCAACAUGGAUGGUGUGGUCACCGUGACACCUAGAAGUAUGGAUGCGGAGACUUACGUGGACGGCCAGCGCAUCUCGGAGACCACCAUGCUGCAGAGUGGCAUGAAAGUGCAGUUUGGGGUGUCGCAUGUGUUUAAGUUUGUGGACCCCAGCCAGGACCAUGCUCUUGCCAAGAGAUCUGUGGACGGAGGCCUGAUGGGGAAGGGCCCAAGACAUAAGCCUGGGACUGUUCCAGAAACAACCUUUGACUUGGGAGGAGAUGUCCACAGUGGGACAGCAUUGCCGACAAGCAGGAGUACCACCAGGCUGGACAGCGACAGGGUGUCCUCCACCUCCAGCACGGCUGAACGAGGGAUGGUGAAGCCUAUGAUCCGCGUGGAUCAGCAGCAGGACUACCGCAGGCAGGAGAGCAGAACUCAGGAUGCUGCUGGGCCAGAACUGAUGCUGCCUGCCAGCAUCGAAUUCAGGGAAAGUGCUGAAGACUCCUUUUUAUCUGCCAUUAUCAAUUACACGAAUAGCUCUACAGUACAUUUUAAGUUGUCCCCCACUUAUGUGCUGUACAUGGCAUGUCGGCAUGUACUGUCCAGCCAGCACAGGCCCGAUGUCAGCCCCACGGAGCGCACGCACAAGGUCAUCGCCGUGGUCAACAAGAUGGUGAGCAUGAUGGAAGGGGUCAUUCAGGAGGUAGACCAGGUUGAUCAGAAGCAGAAGAACAUCGCAGGGGCACUUGCCUUCUGGAUGGCCAACGCAUCUGAGCUGCUCAACUUCAUCAAGCAGGACCGAGACCUUAGUCGGAUCACGCUCGAUGCCCAGGACGUUCUAGCACACCUGGUUCAGAUGGCAUUUAAAUACCUGGUCCACUGUCUUCAGUCAGAACUGAAUAACUACAUGCCCGCCUUUCUGGAUGAUCCUGAAGAGAACAGUCUGCAAAGACCAAAAAUAGAUGAUGUGCUGCACACACUCACGGGAGCCAUGUCCUUGCUGCGGCGCUGCAGAGUCAAUGCUGCCCUGACUAUCCAGCUUUUCUCUCAGCUGUUCCACUUCAUCAAUAUGUGGCUGUUCAACAGAUUGGUGACAGACCCGGAUUCAGGGCUGUGCUCCCACUACUGGGGAGCAAUUAUCCGCCAGCAGUUGGGACAUAUCGAAGCCUGGGCAGAGAAGCAGGGGCUAGAACUGGCUGCGGACUGUCACUUGAGCAGGAUCGUGCAGGCAACUACUUUGCUUACCAUGGACAAGUAUGCACCUGAUGACAUUCCAAAUAUAAACAGCACCUGCUUUAAGUUAAAUUCACUGCAGCUUCAAGCCUUACUACAAAAUUAUCACUGUGCACCUGAUGAGCCUUUUAUCCCCACGGAUCUCAUAGACAACGUGGUGGCUGUGGCUGAGAACACAGCGGAUGAGCUAGCCCGGAGUGAUGGGAGGGAUGUACAGUUGGAGGAGGAUCCUGACUUGCAGUUGCCUUUCCUCUUGCCAGAAGAUGGCUAUUCUUGUGACGUUGUCAGAAACAUUCCAAAUGGCUUACAGGAGUUUUUAGACCCUCUGUGCCAGAGAGGGUUUUGCAGGCUGAUUCCUCAUGUGCGCUCACCAGGUACUUGGACAAUACAUUUUGAAGGUGCAGAUUAUGAAAGCCACUUUCUGCGUGAGAACACAGAACUGGCCCAGCCUUUAAGGAAAGAGCCUGAAAUAAUCACUGUGACCCUAAAGAAGCAGAAUGGAAUGGGCCUCAGCAUCGUGGCAGCAAAGGGCGCUGGCCAGGAUAAACUGGGCAUCUAUGUCAAGUCCGUCGUGAAAGGAGGCGCUGCAGAUGUGGAUGGACGACUAGCAGCAGGAGACCAGCUCCUCAGUGUGGAUGGACGCAGUCUGGUGGGGCUCUCUCAGGAAAGGGCAGCAGAACUCAUGACAAGAACAAGUUCCGUGGUUACACUCGAGGUAGCAAAGCAAGGUGCCAUCUAUCACGGCCUGGCCACCCUCCUCAACCAGCCAUCCCCCAUGAUGCAGAGAAUUUCAGAUCGACGUGGCUCAGGUAAACCCCGACCAAAGAGUGAAGGUUUUGAGCUCUAUAAUAAUUCAGCUCAAAAUGGGUCGCCAGAGAGUCCUCAGCUGCCCUGGGCAGAGUACAGUGAGCCAAAGAAAUUGCCAGAUGACAGACUGAUGAAAAACAGAGCUGACCAUCGCUCUAGCCCCAACGUGGCAAAUCAGCCGCCGAGUCCUGGAGGGAAGAGCCCAUAUUCCUCUGGAACCACAGCCAAGAUAACGUCUGUCUCCACGGGGAACCUCUGCGCUGAGGAGCAGAGCCCUCCACCCAGACCUGAAGCCUACCCCAUCCCGACUCAGACAUAUACCAGAGAAUAUUUCACGUUCCCAGCCUCCAAAUCCCAGGAUCGCAUGGUUCCUCCUCAGAACCAGUGGCCAGACUAUGAGGAGAAGCCCCACAUGCACACAGAUAGCAGUCAUGCCAGUGUUGCCAUUCAGCGUGUUGCCCGUUCCCAAGAAGAGCUUCGGGAAGAGAAAGCUUACCAGCUUGAGCGACAGCAAGUAGAGGCAGUUAUGGAUCGGAAAUCUGACAGUGACCUGUGGAUAAAUCAGAGCUCCUCAGUGGAAUCCAGCACCUCCAGCCAAGAGCACCUGAACCAUUCCUCCAAGUCUGCCACCCCUGCUUCCACACUGACCAAAAGUGGCCCUGGCCGAUGGAAAACACCAGCAGCAGUGCUGCCCACCCCAGUGGCCAUCUCCCAGCCCAUCAGAACAGAGCUGCCUCCGCCUCCACCUCCACCUCCUGUCCACUACGCUGGAGACUUUGAUGGGAUGCCAAUGGAUUUGCCUCUCCCACCUCCUCCCGCCAACCAGGUGGUUCCACAGUCAGCUCAGGCAGCUGCAGAACGGAAGAAGAGGGAGGAGCACCAGAGGUGGUAUGAGAAGGAGAAGGCCCGCCUGGAAGAGGAGCGUGAGAGGAAGCGCAGGGAGCAGGAGAGGAAGCUGGGCCAGAUGCGCACACCACCUCUGCAUCCUGCCUCCUUCCCUCCCCUGGCCACCCCUCAGGCAAAGCCUGAGAAGCCAUCCACACUCCAGAGGCCCCAGGAGACAGUUAUUCGAGAGCUGCAGCCCCAGCAGCAGCCCCGUACCAUCGAGCGCAGAGACUUGCAGUAUAUCACCAUCAGCAAAGAGGAGCUUUCCUCUGGAGACAGCCUGUCUCCAGACCCCUGGAAGCGGGACGCCAGGGAGAAGCUGGAGAAGCAGCAACAACUGCACAUCGUGGACAUGCUGAGCAAGGAGAUCCACGAGCUACAGAGCAGGGCAGAGCGCACUGCAGAGGAGAGUGAUCGUCUGCGCAAGCUCAUGCUGGAGUGGCAGUUCCAGAAGAGACUGCAGGAGUCCAAGCAGAAGGACGAGGACGACGAGGAGGAGGAGGAUGAUGACGUGGACACCAUGCUGAUCAUGCAGCGCCUGGAGGCCGAGCGGAGAGCCAGGCAGACUGCUGUGCCAGCAAUCUCUGUUCUAGAUUUGUUGCAGGACGAGGAGCGCAGACGCCAGCAGCAGUUGGAGGAUAUGCGCAGGCGGGAAGCAGAAGACCGUGUGAGACAGGAGGAGGAGCGGCGUCUGGAGGAGGAGCGAGCCAAGCGGGACGCCGAAGAAAAGAGGCGACAGGAAGAAGGGUAUUACAGCCGCCUGGAGGCCGAGAGGCGCAGACAGCACGAGGAGGCGGCGCGCAGGUUGCUGGAGCCCGAGGAGCCCGGGCUGUGCCGACCUCCGCUUCCACGGGACUACGAGCCCCCAUCCCCGUCCCCUGUGCCCAGCGCCCCUCCUCCCCCACCUCAGCGAAACGCCUCCUACCUCAAAACACAGGUCCUCUCCCCAGACUCGCUGUUCACUGCCAAGUUUGUUUCGUACAAUGAGGAGGAGGAGGAGGAGGAGGACUGCAGCCUAGCAGGUCAGGAUAAGUACUCCAGCGUGAGGAAGUCUUAUGGGCAUCUUCCUCCUGCCGCCCUUAAGCCACAGCAGCCCCCCUGCAAGCCACGCCCGGCCUCCGAUGGCAUCUUUCUCUCCAACUCAUUCCAGCCACCCUCGGCCAAAGCCAACAGUACUGCCCACAAAACAGGCCAGCCCCCACCCCCUCCAAACAAACCAAGCUUCUGCCAUCCUGGCCACUGUAAAGGACCGAACCCUUACCCAGCAUCUGCUGGGGCAGUCAGCGGUGCCCAUGAUGUUCCUCGGGAUGCAAGAGAGAAGCACACCAGAAGCCAAGAUGCAGAUUUACCUGGAAGUUCCGGAGCCCCUGAAAACCUGACAUUCAGAGAGCGUCAGCGCCUUUUUUCACAAGGUCAAGAUGUGUCCAAUAAAGUGAAAGCUUCCCGUAAAUUAACAGAACUGGAGAAUGAACUAAACACAAAGUGAGGAGAGGCACAGGGCAACUAUGUGCACACAGAUCUGCUCAGGGGUCACAGGUGGGAACCUGAAGAGGAGGGGGAAGGCUGUGUUUCUAAGUGAUUUCUAAUUUCAGAUUCUAAAGUGGUUGUAAUUUAGAGAUGUUCAAAUUCCAAGAAAUUUUAUUUUGCUUCAGCAAGAAAUUGUUGUUUGUACAGUUUGAACCCUGUCUGAUUCUGAGUGAUCUCACGUGAGGGUAUCUUUUUGUUGGUUUAUUUUUGGAGUCCUGACCUCAUGGGGCAAAAAGGGGAACAGUCAAAGUACUGUCUCCCUGUCCUGGUGCCACACACUGUAGACCAAGAAGUCUCUUCCUGGACUUUCUUGGAAACUUCAUUUUGCCCAUGACCCUCAGAUUGGCUGCCCCGCCCUGUCUGCUGUGUGCGCUCCAUUGCCUCAGCCUUUUAGGAGCGAGGGCGGACGUGUGGAUUGCUCCUCUGGCCCCCUCGGGGUGUGCUUCCAGUUGCCUUCUUGUCUGGGCCACACAGUAGCCUGGACAGCAAGGUCCUGUGAGCAGAAUGGCGCACGGCCCAUCUCACCCCACAAACAAGAGCCCCCAAUCAGUUCUGAAUAUUGGAUUAAAUUAAAUUUUUGAUUAAUAUUUGAUUUCUAAAAUUCUCAAAGAAGAAAAUUUUGAGGAUUUAAUCUUAGGAGAUUUUAUUUUUAUAAAUACAGGUUGUUGUUAGCCUAAUAAAAAUCAUUGAUGAAAUUGAAGAUGACAGUUAUUCUAGAAAGUUAACUAAUAUUUCAUAUAUUCUAAGGAGUCUAUCAAAGAUCUCUGUAGCUGAACAGUGUUGAUGUAACUAGGAUCAAAAAUGCCUGAGAGAAUGAGGAUAUUGGUAGGUGAUCCCCAAGCACAGAUGUCACUAGAAAAUUUAAAUUUUGAAAACAAAUUUACAUUGAUAUUCUGUGGGAAAGAAAGGAAUUCCUUGACUAUGCCAUCUGUAACUGGAGUAUUGCAAGAAUAAUUCAUGGCAGUUUGAGCUUUGUUUUUAUAGUAUAAUAGAGUUAUUUAAUUUUAAUUUGUGAGUUCCGAGUUAUCACUGUCAUUUUUUCAGCUGUGGGUAUAUGGCUGAUGUUGGGGAGACGGACCUCAGUUUGUUUAUGUUGUGUGAUGUUAAAAUGGUAAAUUUUUUUGUGAUUUUAAGCACAUUUCCUAUUUGACAAAGCCCUAAUGGGGUCCAGAUGAUCUUUCUGUACCAUAUUGUUCUCUUACGAAGAUGUAUGUUGGGAAAAUAUGCACACUUUCAAGUAGAACAGAGGCAUUUGCUGCCCUAGAAACCACUUUAAUAUGAGUUGUAUGAUAAAAUGUCCAAAGUACAAGUGUAAAUAUUUUUUUGUCUAUCAGGGUUCUUAUUUGAAAGUGUGCUUUCUCCAUUCCCCCUGUAAGUAAGAGUCAAAUGGUCCCGAGAGCUGAUGAAGGAUUUGCACACUUGCCCCCGAAAAAGCAAGCUCCUCCUGGUGUCUCAGGGGCACUGGCGCCUCCAGGUGGCAAAUCCACACCUUGCCUAGAGAAACACGGGUGCUGAUAACUGCCCGUUACACGUGGGAGACAGACACACACAGCAUGAGUGCAAACAGGGAUAUUUGUGUGUUUGUCAAACCCAGACAAAGGUGGAUUUGGCCAUCCCUGGAUGAUGAGGUCAAAUGUGAAUAUGUCUAAAAGUGCUUUUCAUGAUGUGCAUUGCUAUGGGAAAAAUCCAAACUGCUGUAGUUUUCCAUUUCUACUGUAUUUCGGUUGCAACCUAUUUUUAAUAAACUUUGUAUGUAUUUAAGUGUA